AUGGUAUCGAAGUAUUUACCUCGGAAGGUAUUACCUUCCGAGCGUGAUCUGUACUCAAAACUAAAAGGGCUGGAAAAGCAGCUCGACUUGUGCGACAUACAGGAGGAGCACAAGAAUUUAAAGCUAGAGUUGAUCAGAGCACGCGAAGAAAUCAAACGAAUCCAAAGCGUUCCACUGGUCAUAGGCCAAUUUUUGGAUAUGGUAGAUAAGAAUCAUGGGAUCGUGUCAUCUACUGCUGGUUCAAAUUACUAUGUGCGCAUUCUAUCUACAAUCAAUAGGGAGCAGCUUACACCCAAUACAAGUGUCGCAUUACACCGUCACAGUCACAGCGUAGUUGACGUUCUACCACCGGAAGCGGAUUCAUCAAUUCAGAUGCUCCAAUUAUCAGAUAAGCCUGAAGUAUCAUAUGCGGAUAUUGGAGGACUAGAUGCCCAGAAACAGGAGGUACGGGAAGCAGUAGAACUCCCUCUAACGUGCCCUGAAUUGUAUCAUCAAAUUGGAAUUGACCCGCCCGUUGGCGUGCUGCUGUAUGGACCCCCAGGUACGGGGAAAACAAUGCUCGCGAAGGCCGUCGCCCAUCAUACGGGAGCAAACUUCAUUCGUGUGGUGGGAAGUGAAUUUGUCCAAAAGUACCUUGGAGAGGGACCAAGAAUGGUACGAGACAUUUUCCGACUGGCACGCGAGAACGCCCCCGCCAUUCUUUUCAUAGACGAGGUAGACGCCAUCGCAACAAAGCGUUUUGAUGCCCAGACGGGUGCCGACAGGGAAGUGCAGCGCAUAUUGCUAGAGCUGCUCAACCAAAUGGACGGUUUCGAUCAAAAUGCCACAGUGAAGGUUAUAAUGGCUACAAACAGAGCAGACACAUUGGAUCCAGCUCUGCUUAGACCCGGACGGCUUGAUAGAAAAAUUGAAUUUCCUCUACCUGACAGACGACAGAGGCGGCUCAUUUUCCAAACAAUAACGAGCCGUAUGAACCUAUCGAGUGAUGUUGACAUCGAGAACUGUAGGUUUAUAGUGAGCAAGGAACAUAGCUGUGUCGCAGUUGUAUCAAGGCCGGAAAGGAUCUCAGCCGCUGAUAUAGCAGCUAUUUGCCAAGAGGCAGGAUUACAAGCUAUCAGAAAAAACAGAUACGUCGUCACCAACAAGGACUUUCAAAAAGGAUGGAAGAGACACGUGAAAAAGCAGGAUCGCGACUACGCCUUCUACGGUGUAUAG